AUGAAAGGCCCUGGGAGGCCACUGAGGCCCCCGCUCAGGCUGCUGCUGUUGCUGCUGCUGCUGCUGCAGCAGCAGCAGAAUAUCCGGAGUCACUUUGAAGCUACUCCAGGUGCAGCAGCAGCAGCAGCAGCAGUGACACCAAGGGUGCAGCAGCAGAGUCGCUGCUGCAGCACCUUGUUGACGCUAGAGAGGUCACAGAGUGCAGCAGCAGAAGCCGCAAGAGCAGCAGCAGCAAAGUCUGCAGCAGCAGCAGCAGCAAGACCCACAGCAGCAACAGCAGCAGCAGCAGCAAGAGCUGCCUCUAAAACAUGCGCCUUUUGCUUCUCCAGGGGCCCUUACUCUCCAGUCGCGUUAAAUAAGCCUCGCAGGAGAUAUGUUGGCAGCCGCAGCAACAGCAGCAGCAGCUGCAGCCUGCCCAGCAGCAGCAGUGGCAGCAGCAGCAACGACAGUCUCUAUGACAGCAGCAGCAGCAGCAACAGCAGCAGCAGCAGCAGCAGCAAGCUGAAGUGGACCAGCAAGAGGGUUCGAAUGUACGAUAGUCUUCUGGAGCCCUAUGAGCAGGCAGCUCUCGCAGCAGCAGUUCGCCGCAGCAGCAGCAACAGCAGCAACAGCAGCAGCGACAGCAGCAGCAGCGGCAGCAGCAGCAGUAACAGCAGCAGCAGCAAGGGCUGCUGCGUCACUUUAGAAGGCGCACAGGAGCUGAGAGGAGUUGCAGACGCAGAAGGGCUGCAGCAGUUCGCAAGGGACCUACUAGCCGCUCUCGCCGAGAAGCAAAUGAGCAAAAUCUACAAAGCCUAUCACCCCAGCAACAGCAGCAGCAGCUGCAACAGCAGCAGCAGCAGCAGCAGCAGAUGCAGCAGCAGCGGCAGCUCCAGCAGCAGCAGCGGUAGCUCCAGCAGCAGCAGCAGCACUAUUGGGGCUACAGAUGCACUAUCGUUUGCUGCUGUCGACCCCUCACGCUACGCUAAAAGGCGGGAGCUGCUGCUUAAGGCAGCAGCAGCAGCAGACGCAGCAGCAGCAGCUGCAGCAGCAGCAGCUGCAGCAGCAACAGGUACAGCAGCAGCCACAAAUGCAAAAAGAGCAGCAGCAGCAGCAGCAGCAAAGUCGCAGCUGCUGCUGCAGCAAGAAAUUAAGGCUGUACGCCGGCAUCGGCGGCAGACCUUCUUAGGGGACAUCUUCUUGUGCCCCACUGUGGUGUACAGGCAGCAGUUAGAGGACAGAAAGCAGCUGGAAGCUGCUGCAGCAAAAGAUGCCGACCCAGAGCCCCUGCCCACAAAAGGGGUGCUGCGGCGUUUGGUGCACUCGGGCUCUACAGAGGAGCGGCUGCAGCUGCUUUUGGUUCACUCCCUGCUGCACCUCAUCGGGCUACAUCUAGUAGGUGUCGGUAUAGACAUUGUCUCCACAGACAGACUGCAGCGGACUCUCUCUCGUUUGCUGUCAGCCGACGCAACAGCAGCAGCAGCAGCAGCAGCAGCAGCAGCAACAGAGGGCCCCGUUGCAGCUGUUGCCGCAGCAGAGGGGGAUUCUGCAGAUCAAGAGUCUCCCACAGCAGAAAAGGCCCCUGAUGCAGCAGCUGCCGCUGCUGCUGCUCCUACUGCGGGAGCUUCUGCUGCUGCUGCUGCUGCUGCUGCUGCUGCUGCACCAGAGUGUUGCUGCAGCUUUAUGUGUCGAUACACUUCACGGCUGCUGUCUCCUCUCGAAGCUGCGCAGCUGCGGAGGGCCCACAGGGGCCUCUUCACAGUACAUUAUGCCUUGCUGCAGCAGCAGCAGCAGCAGCUCAGCAGCAGCAGCAGCAGCACAGCAGCAGCAGCAGCAGCGGCUGCUGCUGCGCUGCAAGACGCAAAAGCCAUUCGAGCAGCAGCACGCUUCUUGAGCCGCAGAUUUGCUGCUAAAGAAGCAGCAGUAAAGGCUCUCGGCGUAGGCCUUAGAGUCCUCAGCCCAGGUGGCAUAUCACUCAAGGAGAUUGAAGUGCAGCACGGAGCAGCAGGGCAGCCGCUGCUGCUGCUGCGGGGCCCUGCUGAGGCCCUUCGGGUGUCUCGGCAGGUCCGCGCUUUGCUGCUGUCUCUUACAGAUGACGCCAGCCUAGCAGUGGCCCAAGUCGUGGCUUGCUGCUAA